AUGCCGAAACCCACUAAAGAAGAUUGGAAAAAUAUUAGCAGGGAAUAUAAAGAAAUAUGGAAUUUUCCCAAUUGUAUUGGAUGUCUCGACGGUAAACACAUUAAUAUUCAAUGUCCUAUAAAUGGUGGAUCAGCAUAUUUUAAUUAUAAAGGGGUUAAUUCGAUCGUCUUGUUAGCUUUGGUAGAUGCUCAUUAUAGGUUUAUAACUGUUGAUGUGGGUUCUUAUGGUCGGAACUCCGAUGGAAAUGUAUUUGCCAAAUCCGCGUUAGGAUAGAUUAGAUGUUCCACCUUAUACACCAAUAGAAGAAAAUGGAGACCCAAUGCCAUACGUACUAGUUUCAGAUGAGGCGUUUCCCUUGAAGUCAUAUCUAAUGAGACCAUAUAGCAGGGCAACUCUAGGUGGAAAUGAAGGAAACAAAAUUUUUAA